AACUUAUGUUUUACAAGCUGAGAAUCAAGAAGAAAUGGACGAUUGGGUAAAUUGCUUACAAGCGGCGGCAAAGAAUGCAAUCUACGCUGAUCAAAAACCGAAUCUUUCUUCCGGUCAAAGUAAUUUACAGGCAUCUCAGGAAUAUAUGGAUAAUGAGUUUAAUUUAAAUAAGCAAUUGAAUAAUGAGGAAACACAAAUUUCUAAACAAUCAAUUUCAAAGAUAAGAGAAUUACCAGGGAAUGGUAAUUGUGUUGAUUGUAAAAUUAAAGACCCACAAUGGGCUAGUACAAAUUUUGGUACCUUACUAUGCAUAGAAUGUUCUGGAAUACAUCGGAGUUUAGGAGUGCAUGUGAGUAAGGUUAAAUCAUUACAACUAGAUAAAUGGGAACCUGAAUCAAUUGAAGUUAUGCUCAAAUUGGGGAACCUCAAGGCCAAUCAAAUCUAUGAGGCAAAACUUGUUGAUGAUGAUGAAAGGUUGGCUAAUUCUUCUUCAUGGGAACGUGCUGAUAGGGAGAAAUUCAUUAUUGAUAAAUAUGUUCAAAAGGAAUUUAUUAUUAAAAAUGAUAAUGAAGAUUCGGUUACAAUCAAUUCGAUUUUCUGGGAAGCAAUGUCGAAUUGUGACCUUUUUGAAGCAAUAAAAAGUUUAUCUCUUGGAGCAGAUGUGGAUUGGAAAAAUGAGCAAGAAAAUUCUACUACGGCAUUACAUCAAGCAAUUUUAAGAAGUGAUGAUGUUGCAAUAGAAUUUUUACUUUUGUGGUCUUGUGAUAUCAAUGAAAUUGAUAACGAUGGGAGGAGUGCGUUACACCAUGCAGCAGCUACUGACAACGCAAGAUUAUUAUUGACGCUCUUGAAGAGACAGGCCAAUAUCCAUUUAAAAGAUCGAAAUGGAAAGAUUCCAGUUGAUAUCGCGGUAGAGAAACAGAACGUACAGGCGGUUACAGCAUUAAGAUUAUUUCAAUUUGAGAGACAACUUACAAGAUCAGAAUUUUCAAUUUUUGGAGUUGAUGAAGCAUUAAGUAGUGUAUCUAAACCAUAUUAUCGUAGCAUCGUAAAACCGUCAA